GUCGGCGCUGUUAUAUAAAAAAGCCAGAACUUAGGUUUUUGGUCGCUUCCUCUCGUUUUUUCCUUUGCGCCUCCCUCUCCCCUUCGUUUUUUCUCUCGGCCAUUUCCGGUGAAAUGGCGGAGGCGAAGCCCAAGAGCCCGACCGGAGUUUGGGGAACCGUCAAGCCCUUCGCCAAUGGCGGGGUUUCUGGGAUGCUCGCCACCUGCGUCAUCCAGCCGAUCGAUAUGGUCAAGGUGAGGAUCCAAUUGGGUCAGGGAUCGGCAGUCCAAGUGACGAAGAACAUGCUUGCCAAAGAGGGUUUUGGCUCCCUUUACAAGGGACUGUCAGCUGGUUUACUAAGACAAGCUACUUACACGACGGCACGACUAGGAUCCUUCAGGGUGUUGACAAGCAAAGCAGUUGAGGCGAAUGAUGGGAAGCCAUUACCUCUACUACAGAAAGCUUUUAUUGGGCUGACAGCUGGAGCAAUUGGAGCAUGUUUUGGUAAUCCAGCAGAUUUGGCACUCAUCCGAAUGCAGGCUGAUGCAACUUUACCUCCAGCACAGAGGCGAAACUAUCAAAAUGCUUUCCAUGCACUCUAUCGUAUUAUUGCUGAUGAAGGGGUUCUAGCACUUUGGAAAGGUGCCGGUCCUACUGUAGUUAGAGCAAUGGCAUUAAAUAUGGGCAUGCUUGCCUCAUAUGAUCAGAGCGUUGAGUUUUUCAGAGAUUCACUUGGUUUAGGGGAAGUUAGUACCGUAUUUGGGGCUAGUGCUGUUUCAGGAUUCUUCGCCUCAGCUUGCAGCUUACCUUUUGACUAUGUUAAAACACAAAUACAGAAGAUGCAGCCAGAUGCAACUGGGAAAUAUCCAUAUACUGGGUCUUUGGACUGUGCUGUGAAGACUUUGAAAAGUGGCGGACCUUUCAAAUUUUACACUGGAUUUCCUGUUUACUGUGUGAGGAUUGCUCCCCAUGUCAUGAUGACCUGGAUAUUUUUGAACCAAAUCCAGAAGAUUGAGAAGUCUGUGGGAUUGUAGGAAUCCUUAUCUAUUGGUGAUCUCAAUAUGAAUUGACUUCAAAUUAUUCAUAAUAAGUUUCUGGCUCUUGAAUCUGUAAUAGGGGCUGGUUUUGAUAUCAUGACAUCCUUUAAUCACUCUUAGACUAUGAUGCUUUAUGAUUGGUCGAUGUAAUAAUCUGUUUUUGUUGUAUUUGGGAGGCAUUCCCGAUUAAAUUUUUGGGCAGAGACUGCAGCCAGGUGUUUGGCAGCACAACAGAAUUCCAUACAACAUUUUCUGUUACCGACUGGGAUUUAAGAAUUCAGUUACAGGUUCUCUUUGAAUUAUCGGUA